AUGUGCAUUCCUCACUGCCCCCGUUGCUCUCACUGUGUGCAUUCCUCACUGCCCGUGUUGCUCUCACUGUGUGCAUUCCUCACUGCCCGUGUUGCUCUCACUGAGAAGACAGGCAAGACGGGGAUAGAGCAGAUCUCCUACGUGCAUGGCAACCAGCCCCACUCCCUCUCCCCUCACAUGGGUGCCAUGUCUUCUCUUGGCCUCUCUGCCUCUCUGUCUUCUGCCCCCAUAGGCGGUGGUGGUGAGCAUAGAUCCCAAGAGGGUGCGGUGGUGGUGAGCAUAGACCCUGAGAGGGUGCACGUGUCCUCGCCAGAUGACGUGCCUUUCAAAUGUGUCAAGGCAUCAACGCCAGUGAGCGGAGGCAGGGAGGGGCGGCCCAUAAGGGCGUUUGAGCUGGCGCAGGCUGUGGAGCAGCUGGGGGCGAGGGAGAUUCUGCUCAACUGCAUCGACUUCGGUGGUCAGGCCCAGGGAUUUGACUUGGACCUGGUGGGGCUGCUGUCCUCAGCAGUGAGCAUCCCUGGCCGGGGCUUUGACUUGGACCUGGUGGGGCUGGUGUCUUCGGCAGUGAGCAUCCCCGUCAUUGCCAACAGCAGCGCAGGCAUCCCAGAGCACUUCUCCCUGGCCUUUGCUCACACAGGCGACUUGGCUGCCCCCUUGCCUUCCUUCUCCCUGUCACAGGCCAGGGCCAAGGAUUCGACUUGGAUCUGGUGGAUUUGCCAGGGCCAGGGAUUCGACUUGGAUCUGGUGGAGUUGGUCUCCUCUGCAGUGAGCAUCCUCGUCAUCGCCAGCAAUGGGGCGGGCAUCCCAGAGCACUUUUCUCAGGUCUUUGCACGCACUGGUGCCUCCGUUGCGCUGGCUGCCGGCAUUUUCCACCACAACGAGGUGACAAUAGAGUCGGUGAAGACCCAUCUGGCAAAGGAGGGUGUGGAGACUCGCUUGCUGUGA